CGUAACCGGAAGCCGGAAGUUGAGUCCGUCGGAGUCCACUCGGAUGCUAGCGAACGGGUUUCUGAACGCGAACGGAACACAAUGAGCUCGUAUUUGAUGCUGUUUCUGCUGCUGCUGGACAUUUACUCCAAAUGUGUGAUCGCGUAUCUGAGCUCUCCUCACGUGGGUCAGGAGCCGGUGUACACAGCGCAGCAGAGCCCGGUGAUGAGCAGCUCGGUGGCCCUGACCGCUUCCUCCACUGCUCCAGUGGUGACUGAUAGCUACCUGUCCAGGUGUCCCAGCGGCGCUCUGUGCUCCAGACUCCCAGCCGACUGCAUCAUCUGCGCAUUUCAUCACAACUGCAGCUACGGCCGGCCAGCCAACUUCACCUGCAGUGCUAAAGCAGGCGUUCACUGUGUGAGCGAGCAGAGUCGGCCGCAGCAGAACUUCACGCUGACGCUGGACUGUCGCUUCUGUUGGCAGCUGGAUCCGUCACAGUACCGCUGCUCGAACUCCACCGGCUGCAUGACGGUGUCCUGUCCACGCAGACUCUAUAACGCUACCUGCGAAGCUCUGGAGCAUGUGCACUGCCUCGGUACACACUCACACACACACUCACUCGGUACACACACACACUCGCUCAAUGGAAAGUGUGUAACCCUCGGACGCUUUGUGUGCAGCAUCGCUCUGGGCGGCUUCGGCGCGGACCGCUUCUAUCUGGGCCAGUGGAGGGAAGGUCUGGGGAAGCUCUUCAGCUUCGGAGGGCUGGGCAUCUGGACGCUGAUCGACGUGCUGCUGAUCGGUGUGGGAUACGUGGGGCCGGCCGACGGCUCUCUCUACAUCUGAGGGUCCUGCGACUCCUCCGUCCCAAUUCACACGCGUGUGGCGUCCAGACUCCCAUCUGCUCCCGAUGCCGUCCGAGGAAGACCGUGAUGAAGACGCUUUAUGGUUUGGAGUCUGAAACCUGUACAAUAUGUAUCUAAACUCAUCUGUGUCUGUGUAAUAUUACUGCUGUAUGUGUAUAUAUGAGAGUGAUUCUCACGGCUGAUUUCUGAUUAAAACUCACCUGUUUUCACAGAUUCU